AUGAAGAAGGAAGAGAUGAAGAAACAAACUGAAUCUCCUCCUUCUCCGGAGACGCCGACGUUUUCUUCGUUGCCGUACGACCUCGUUUUCAAUUGUUUGGCUCGUGUCCCAAGAUUCCAUCAUCCAACUCUAUCUCUCGUCUCCAAGGAUCUCCGAUCUCUCAUGGCUUCCCCUCAGCUUGAGGCCACACGAACCAGAAUGGGAAUAUCAGAGACUUACCUAUGUCUAUGUGUCUGCAGCUUAGGUAACUACUACGACAUUAGUUCUCGCUGGUUCACAGUUGCAACAAUUCCCAAACACGAGAAGUUGAAACCUAUCCCUUCGUUGUCUUAUUUACACCCCCAGUUUUCAAGCCUCCUCACAAUUGGUUCAGAGAUUUAUAAUAUCGGUGGUUUCUUUAAUCUAAAGAAAAGAAAGAAAAGCAAAAGAGUGUUAGUUUUCGAUUUUCUAACAAAUCAACGGCGUAGACUCCCCAAGAUGCGUGUACCUCGAGUAGAUCCAGCCGUUGAUGUAAUCAACGGUAAGAUCUAUGUGAUUGGAGGCACAGGGUCCAAUAAUAUUGAGGAUUGGGGAGAGGUUUAUGACCCAAAGACACAAAUGUGGGAGCCAGUAUUGCCCACAACACAAGACCUCACUAUUCAAAUGAAUGUGGUUCCGGGAAGAUUUGUGAUGGGUGGCAAAUUUUAUGGCAUAUGUGGUGACUACAAGCUUCAAUCAUUGACGGAUUUUUGUUUGGUAGAGAUAGACAACGUGUUGUACUUAACACGUGUUUACAUAGGGAUGUUAUUUUGGUAUGAUUUAAAGGAACCUUUGGGGUGGAAUAAGGUUAAGGGACUUGACGAACAGCCGAAAUUUACUGAUCUUACUUCGUUGGCAAGUUCCAUCGGCGGAAGAAGAAGAGUGACAGUUUGGUGGAAGACGAUAGUGGCUUGCGGUGAAGGUAGCUUUUGUGAAGGGAAUUUUUGUAAGGAAUGUAAGUCAGAGAUUUGGUGUGCAGAGAUUUCAUUUGAGAGACGAGGCGGUUUAGGUGAGCUUUGGGGAUUUGUUGAAUGGUCUAAAAUUGUGUUAACGUUGGACAGAUGUGACUCUCAUUCUUUGCGUUUUGAUUCUGUUAUUUUGACUUAUUGAUCAUUGGGACUUUAUCUUAGUUUGUAAUUUAUAUACAUCUCUCCUUCUAUUUAUGUUUUACUAUGUCAACAUGAUCAGUGGCGUAAGACUGUAAACACCAUUGAUAAUGUUGACUUGAACUCUUUUGUAUAUAUAGAUGAAUAAUUUAUCCGUCUUUGAUUUCAA